AUGGACGUGGACGUGGACGUGGACAUGGACAUGGACGUGGACGUGGACGUGGACGUGGACAUGGACGUGGACCUGAACAUAGACGUGGACGUGGACGUGGACGUGGACGUGGACGUGGACGUGGACGUGGACAUGGACGUGGACGUGGACAUGGACGUGGACGUGGACGUGGACGUGGACGUAGACGUAGACGUGGACGGGGACGUGGACGUAGACGUGGACGUGGAGGUGGACGUGGACGUGGACGUGGACGUGGACAUAGAGGUGGACGUGGACGUGGACGUGGACAUGGACGUGGACGUGGACGUGGACAUGGACGUGGACGUGGACGUGGACGUGGACGUUGACGUAGACGUGGACGUGGUCGUGGACGUGGACGUGGACGUGGACGUGGACCUGGUCGUGGACGUGGACGUGGACGUGGACGUGGACGUGGACAUGGUCGUGGACAUGGACGUGGACGUGGACGUGGACGUGGACGUGGACAUGGUCAUGGACGUGGACGUGGACGUGGACGUGGACGUGGACAUGGUCGUGGACGUGGACGUGGACGUGGACGUGGACGUGGACCUGGUCGUGGACGUGGACGUGGACGUCGACGUGGACGUGGUCGUGGACGUGGACGUGGACGUUGACGUGGACGUGGACGUGGACAUGGUCGACGUGGAGGACGUGGACGUCGUGGACGUGGAGGACUUGGACGUGGACGUGGACGUGGACGUGGACGUGGACGUGGUCGUGGACGUGGACGUGGACGUGGACGUGGUCGUGGACGUGGUCGUGGACGUGGACGUGGUCGUGGACGUGGACGUGGACGUGGACGUGGACGUGGACGUGGUCGUGGACGUGGUCGUAGACGUGGACGUGGAGGUGGUCGUGGAGGUGGUCGUGGACGUGGACGUGGAGGUGGUCGUAGACGUGGACGUGGACGUGGACGUAGACGUGGAUUUGGACGUGGACGUGGACAUGGACGUGGACGUGGACGUGGACGUGGUCGUGGACGUGGACAAGGACGUGGUUGUGGACGUGGACGUGGUCUUGGACGUGGUCGUAGACGUGGACGUGGAGGUGGUCGUGGAGGUGGUCGUGGACGUGGACGUGGAGGUGGUCGUGGUCGUGGACGUGGACGUGGACGUGGACGUGGACGUGGAGGUGGUCGUAGACGUGGACGUGGAGGUGGUCGUGGAGGUGGUCGUGGUUGUGGUCGUGGUCGUGGACGUGGACCUGGACGUGGACGUGGUCGUGGUCGUGGUCGUGGUCGUGUCGUGGACCUGGACGUGGACGUGGACGUGGAUGUGGUCGUGGACGUGGACGUGGACGUGGACCUGGACGUGGACGUGGACAUGGACGUAG